GGUAAAUAUCCACCAAUUAGAGCCGUUUGAUUGGAACACAAUAUCAAACGUAAGUCCUUUAAUUGCACUGUACCAAUGGCUCCAAUUUUUGAGUUUCGUUGAAAAUCACUUUUGAUUACAAUUUCGGACUCGUUUACUCUCAAAAUUCUUCCAUUUUUUAAAAUUAAAAUUACACAUCCAUUUGUUUACUUUUCUUUAUACAACCGAAAUACGAGUUAUUGGUUUUUGUUCCAAUUUUUUUUGCUCGUUACCAGAUUUAAAUACUGAUUUGCUCUGGAAAUUGUAAUUUGUUGCGAUCGUAAAAUGAGUUCAAAAAAGAAGCCCGGAUGUCUUGAAAGUUUGCGAGAUUACUUCAAGAAGAGUCCGAACAAGAUCCCGAUCGCAAUAGUAGCAAGUUUGCAAGCGGUGAUCAUUGUUGGGGCCACUAUACUGAUAUUCGAGUUGGACAAAGCAAACACUUUCCAAGAGAAAACCGGGUACGCCACCAUCGAUUUGGACACUCUGAAUGUGUGGGUGGACAGUGGGGUUGUUGGUGCAUCGUCCUUGAACAUGCGGUUGGGCCAGGGUGCCACAGGUGCAGCAGGGGGCGUGUCCAACUGCUGGCAAAUGAGGAGAGGGGUGGACCAGGUGUGUCUCUCCUGGAUCAACUAUGCCAGAUUGAUCAUGGAUUACUCAAGCCCUAGCGCGGGCCUGCACUGCUACAACUUCCAAUGGGACUUCAGUGCCCCUGACGCACACGUUAGAGACUGUUUCAAAACUCCUCCCCCCUUCAUUUCAAACCUACAAACCACACCCACCCAGAACUUAAUACUGUCCGAUAUUGAGUUCAACGAGAGCACGCCUCAGAGUGGCUAUGUAUUGGGGGGAGGGGGCGUCACCUUUUCAAGAAGUGUGAACGAGAGGGUGAUUAUGAUGACCAGCGAGGGGGCGUUUCUCAUAUCGACAACUAUACAACACCCUAUCACUCUGGUGUCUGAAGGCGACAACCUCUGCAUCGACUUCCAGGGGUCACGUGGUCGAAUAUCUCACUCCCCCUCAUCUCCCUCCCCCACCGCCUACUCGGAAGAGAACCUAUCUCACAUGCAAUACUCUGUCUGCACGUCAACUAAUCCCCACUCUACUCUCACGAUGACCAAAGAGUAUUUCUUGAAGACUAUUACUUCACAGAGGGGUGGUGGGCAAGGGGUGGGGGUUUCACUGGGGACAAAUGAGAUGGUAUCAACUGCGACUGAGACUAUUUUCUGGCGUUGGAACCCGCUACAACCGAAUUCGCUCGACACUCUCGAAGACAUGCUGAACUGCACAAUCUCGAACAACAGCACACUGGGCAACCGACUGAAUGUAGUGUUGGUUGAAGGGCUGUUUCCAGACCAGCUGGACCAACUGUCUCCCCAAGUAGCCGAGAGGGUGGGGACGGCGGGGGAGCAGAGGGCGGAUGUGAAAUUCUAUUUGGAAGUUUCUCCUUAUUUUUCAGUCACAAACUCGCAUUUCAUAACAGGGACGAACAACAACUAUUGGCUACGGGACGAGAACGGAAACGCGCCUGCUCUCAGUGUUCUGCAAGACAGUGUGAAAAGUGUGGUUGACGUCACUAAUGAGAUGGCAAUGCAGUGGUAUGAACAACUUCUGCUAAAUGCAACUGCAUUUUUGUCAGCAGACGGAGUGGUGGUUAAUGGGGACUCAAUCAGUAAAUUGCCUGUUCACUUCACCACCAAACAGCCACUGAGUUACCCCUACCAAAUGAUCGAAAAUUUUAUAGACUAUCUAGCCAAGUUUUCUCGUGAAAAGUACAAAGAAAAACUGGACUCAGUGUUGGUUAGGAUUCCUAAUUUCAAGCAGCUCAAAGAAUUUUCACUUAUAUUGCGGGGUGAGAAUCUAUCCACCACCGAUGUCAACCCAUUAGACGCUGCAAUUUUCCAGAAUGCUCCCAUGGUUUCAGUCGACAUUGAGAGAGUGUUCUCAAGCAUGGAACAAAUUCAGUCUCCCCAGAGAAUGAGACUCGCAAUUGAGAACUUGAAACAACACUUGAUUGCAUCUUGGUACUGUCCAGGCGAGAAUAUUAAGUACAAAUGGUGGUACACGGACGAGGUGGGGGACAUCAAGAAGAAGGACAGGGACUUUCCCUUUUGGGACAUAGAUGCCUAUGACAUGGAUGCAGGCCUAUAUAAAGUCUGUGUCAAGGCCAUUAUUGACAACGAACAACAAAGCAGUUUAGAGUUGGAAGAAUUGGCUGAAGAACACAGGAAAAAACUGGCAGAAAUUGAGUUGAAAGGGCUUGAGUUAGAAGAUGAGUUGUCGGAAAUCAGCGAGAAUGCCGAGGAAAGUGGUUUAACUCGAAUCUCUCCACAACUAACAAUAGACGAAAAGGAUCGUACGCAUCACUGGGUGGAUUCUGUCGACCACAAUCAGUCUGAUGCUGUUGUAGUUCCCAAUCAAGAGCAGCACCGGGUUUUGGGGGGAGGGGUGAUAGGGGCGGAAGCGCCCUCUCGGGGAUUUGACUCCCACCGACUCAAAAGUUCCUCUCUUUCUACUGAUUUGAAAUAUCCCUCUUUGGCUGACAGACCCUAA